UUUUAGCCCCGCCUCCAGAAGGCUGCCCUCUCCGAAGCCGGAGGAGCAUUUCUCACGAGUCACUGGUCUUUUCCCAAAGAACAGACCGAGGGAACCCGACGGAGCUGUUGUUGUUUUGCUGUCGCUGCCAACCGCUGCAAACGCCGGUGUUACCGCUGCAGACAUGGCCUCCGAUGGCAUGGAUGAACGAUCCCCUCUGUUGUCAGCACCAAACUCUGGGAAUGUCACACCCACGGCACCACCGUACCUGCAGGACACCAGUCCAAGAGCUGAGCUACCUCCUCCGUACACGGCCAUCGCCAGUCCGGACGCCGGGGGAGUGCCGGUGAUAAACUGCCGCGUGUGCCAGUCUCUCAUCAACUUGGACGGCAAGCUCCACCAGCAUGUGGUCAAAUGCACCGUCUGCAACGAGGCCACGCCUAUCAAAAACCCGCCGGCCGGUAAGAAGUAUGUGCGCUGUCCGUGCAACUGCCUUUUAAUCUGCAAAGACACGUCUCGGAGGAUAGGAUGCCCAAGGCCCAACUGCAGACGCAUCAUCAACCUGAGCCCAGUGAUGGUCAUUCCUGAGGAACAGCCCAGUCAGCCGGCCCUGCCCGUCCAGCCCGAGGGUAUGCGUGUGGUGUGUGGGCACUGCGGCAACACAUUCCUCGGCGGCGAAGACGCCUUGCCACCCCAGCCUGUGUCUGGCCUUCCUCUUGAUGGAGUCUCAGCUGUAUUCAAGUGGAUGGAACUGCGGUUUAACACACUGGCCAAGUGCCCACACUGCAAAAAAAUAUCCUCCGUGGGCAGCGCUCUCCCGCGAAGGCGCUGCUGCGCAUACAUCACCGUGGGAAUGAUCUGCAUCUUCAUCGGGGUCGGGCUGACUGUGGGGACCCAGGACUUCGCUAGCCGCUAUCAUGCCACGUACGUGUCCUGGGCUUUGGCGUACCUGCUGGGCCUGAUAUGCCUGGUGCGGGCGUGCUACUGGGGAGCCAUUAAAGUGAGCUAUCCAGAGAACAGCUUUGCGUAGGCCUGUGCCCGCUGAAUAAAGAGCCCGUCUACUGUUUGUUUCGUUUGGACGCAGCCAGUUCCCGGCCAGCCAUCCCUUGUCCUCGAGAACCCAGAUCUAGUCCAGGUAAUGUGGAGUUCACCCCUCAAAUCCUGCAAUCGGCCACCUGUGUUAUCGCAAAUGAUUCAUUUUAUUUAUUUUAUUCUUUCGAAUGUCUGAUUGGACCUACAAGGAAAAGUUACACGUAUUUUAAUGAAGUUGCUUGGUCUUAAUAAAUGUGAUGUAUCUGAACACCUUAUUGGAUAUUUGGGCUAUUCAGGACCAAUGUUGGCCACCACUGGUUGGGCACUGUACAUGUUUAAUUACCGAACUUGCUACCAACUAGACCAAAUGAGGUUACCUUUUAAGAAAUACUGCCCAUUGCACUACAUUUUUAUGCAAUUAUUCUGUUGUGUUGCUGCUAGAUUAUCCAGCCAUUGACAGCUGGGAUGCCGUAUUUCAUGUGUCAGAAUCCUGCCUGUACACAACGUCUAUUUAUGUUUUUUUUUUUUUCAUAUACUGAACAAAUUUACAUUUGAAAUAAAUCGUUGUUAAAUCCGUCUGUGCCAUUAUCAACAAAGUUGCCGUGUAAGUAUGUGUUGACAAAAUGCCUUUCAAAAAAAAUUUGGCUGUUCUGGUGUUUUGAAGUUACGCUUGCAUUCAGUUUGAGCAAUAAACAUUUUGUUUGUCACUUUCCUUAUGCACUGUAUAUUUUCUCUUAAAUGGCCUUCUCAUUAGCCGAUUGAAAGCGAAAUGUAACGACAGACUCAUGCAUGCUUUCCGUUUUCACUGCGCUCUUUUGUCCAGUCAGCCUCAGCAGGCCAAGCAUUCAGCUUCACACUCUGUUGUGGCUUGUGUGUAAAUCCUUCCUGCUUACAGCCUGUUGCCUGGAUUGGCUAACUUUGAUAGCAUUACCAUAGUUGAGCAUUCUGUUGAGAAAAUGGGCACAGCUAAUCUCGUUCUGAAUGUGAGGAAACAGAAACCCUUUGUACAGAAUGAAUUCAGCGAGCUGAAAUGGUAGCUUGAGUUCGAAUACGGCUUGGAUCUUUUUAAGGAUAAUUUAUCAAUAAAACCGUAAAACAUU